AAACAAACAAUUGCCCUCUCACUUCACAAUUCUUCAAUCUUAGUCAAUUCAGAGAAAAACAAAAAAACAAAAAAACUUCAGCGCGAUUUGUUCGGGGCCAACGGGUUCCUCUCUCCUCUAUUAUUAUCGCGAAAUAAUCAGCGGCGGGUUCAUCAUUCCUUUUUGACUCAACCCGGUCCCCGUUCUCCACCUGAGAUCUUCCCUUGCCUUUUCCCCCCCUUCCCCCAGUUUUGUUGUGCGGUGGAUUUUCUCCGUUGGGUUGCUCCCUGUCACUUUUACCUUUUGGUCCUACAGUCCUGUUCGCGGUGACACAAUGGCGAGCGUCAAGGAAACCGUCAAAGAAACUCUCGUUGGCAGCAAAGAGGCGCCCGAGCUGUCGCACCAGGCCCGCUCCAUCUUCGUGCGCCACGCGCAAAAGGACGAAAAUGGCGACCUGUUCAUGACCGAAGAUGAGUUUAUCAAUGCAGUUGCUCCCAAGCAGGAGGACUAUCACAAAAUCAAGCGCGAGCAAUAUGGCAUCCUCUUCCGAGUGGCAGACCGACGGAGAACUGGCAAGCUCAGCCUCGCCGACUGGGCCACCUUCGAGAACCUCCUUGCGAAGCCCGAUGCGGAGUACGAGAUUGCGUUCCGUCUGUUCGACCUCGAGGGCAGCGGUACCGUGAAGUGGGAGACUGUCAAGGGAAUGUACAAUCAGAACAAGAGUGCCGACAGCAUUCCCUUUGACUGGAACUCCGAAUGGGCCUCCCUGUACACCGGCCGCACCAAAUCGCGCCACGACAUGACCUACCCCCAAUUCUCCCAGAUGCUGCGCGGUCUGCAGGGCGAGCGCAUUCGUCAGGCCUUCCACAUCUUCGACAAGGAUGGUGAUGGCUACAUUGAGCCCGAGGACUUCCAGCGCAUCAUCCUGGAAACCUCCCAGCACAAGCUCUCCGACCACCUGCUCGAGAACCUGCCGACCCUGUGCAACAUCUCGACCAGCAAAAAGAUCUCUUAUGCUACUGUCCGCGCUUUCCAGAACAUCAUGCGCGAGAUGGACAUUAUCGACUUGAUUGUCCGUGAGGCCACCCUCAAGAGCACUGACGGCAAGAUCACCCGCUCCGAUUUCCUGAAUGAGGCCGCCCGCGUCACCCGCUUCUCCCUGUUCACCCCCAUGGAGGCCGAUAUUCUCUUCCACUUCGCCGGUCUGGAUGCGCCCUCCGGCCGUCUAUCCCAGAAAGACUUUGCCAAGGUUAUCGACGCCUCAUGGCGUAUCCCUGUCGCAGUUGCAGGUCAGGCGAUGGAAGCUGCAGCCACCAAGACCGAGGCCUUCUUGCACAGUGUGUUGGAGUCGGCGCACCAUUUCGCCCUGGGUAGUUUGGCGGGUGCUUUCGGUGCUUUCAUGGUGUACCCCAUUGACCUGGUCAAGACCCGUAUGCAGAACCAGCGGUCCAAUCGUCCCGGUGAACGCCUCUACAACAACUCGCUUGACUGCGCGAGGAAGGUUAUCCGGAACGAGGGUUUCACUGGUCUGUACUCGGGUGUUAUCCCGCAGUUGAUCGGUGUGGCUCCGGAGAAGGCUAUCAAGCUGACCGUCAACGAUCUUGUUCGUGGCGCCUUCACUGACAAGGAUACCCACAAGAUCUGGUAUCCCCAUGAGAUCCUGGCUGGUGGUACUGCUGGUGCCUGUCAAGUGGUCUUCACCAACCCCCUUGAGAUCGUCAAGAUUCGUCUGCAGGUCCAGGGAGAGAUUGCCAAGAACGUCGAGGGUGCUCCCCGCCGCUCUGCCCUCUGGAUUGUGAAGAACCUUGGUCUCGUCGGUCUGUACAAGGGUGCAACCGCUUGUCUGCUGCGUGAUGUUCCCUUCUCCGCCAUCUACUUCCCCACAUACGCCCACCUGAAGUCCGACUUCUUCGGCGAAACCGCCACCAACAAGCUGGGCGUCGUCCAACUCCUCACUGCCGGUGCCAUCGCCGGUAUGCCCGCCGCCUACCUGACCACCCCCUGCGACGUGAUCAAGACCCGUCUGCAAGUCGAAGCCCGCAAGGGCGAGACAAAAUACACCGGCCUGCGCCACUGCGCCACAACAGUGUGGAAGGAAGAAGGUCUGAAGGCCUUCUUCAAGGGCGGUCCAGCCCGUAUCCUCCGUUCCUCCCCACAGUUCGGUUUCACUCUCGCCGCCUACGAAGUCCUCCAGAAGAUGCUCCCCCUGCCCGGCUCGGAACAGGACGUCUCCCCCACCGGCCAGGUUGAGCCUGGUGUUGGUCUCCGCGGCGCCAAAGCUCCCCUGCCAUACCUCCGCUCAAGGAACGCCCUCAAGCUCAUCCUGGAUGUGGACCAGAAUAUCGGCCGAGUGCAGGUCCCUCGGCCCGAGAGCUGGCCUAAAAUCAUGCAGGCUGGUAAGCAGUGAUGGUGAUGGCCGGGUCCUUGUCUUUGGUUACAUAGCGAUAUGAUUUUCACAAUUUCCGGGGGAUUGCAUGCUGUGUUCUUUUUUUUUUCUCUACAUUUUUUACAUUUUUUCUUGUGUGUCUCGCCCUCCCAUCCGUUUAGCAUCGAAUUUUUCUUUUUUUUCAUGUUCAUUGCCUCCCAUCUUUGGUUCUUUUCUCUCUUUUCCAUUUCAUCUGCAUGGUAUCCCCCAUGCUACGUUUUUUCUUCGUGAUCGAAAAAAGAACCCGGGGCUAUGUGUUGCGUUGGGCUGGGAUGAAUGAUCUUUUUGAGCUUGUUUUCCUGCCUGUUGCAUGAUUCAUCUCUUAUCCCCGACGUGUCUGUGGCCGGGGUGCACUGCACUGUAUUGUAUCAAAAAGGAUAGAUCUGGGGGAGAAAGGAUGGAAUGGGGGAGCUAUAUAUAGAUGGUGGAUGGUUCCAUGAUUGUGUGUGUCUGUGUGUUGGGGGAAAUUGGUGCGCAUCGAUACAUCCUCCUCUGUGUGAUGCUUCGAACUUGGGAUCUUGUACAGUAACUUGGGUCCGAUGGGGCUUGGGUUCUGGAUAUGGAUUAGAUCUAGAGCGGAUAGAAUUGGAUUUUCCUGUUCAUGA